AUGAGGCAACAGCUGGUGCUGGGAGUACAGCCCAAGGUCCCACUGGGCAGGAUGAGAGAGAGAUCAGUAGCCCAGGUACUGCCUGUAUUUGCGGAUAUGUCUGCCCCAAUGAAGGGCUAACUAAUCAGACUCCUGCCUCUCUGUUGAGGUGGCCUCCAUGCCUCAGGUGUGGAUUGUAAUGAUUAUACGCAAUACUGUGGUGGCACUCUGGUUUGAUUGGAUUCAAUUCAAUUCUGAGUAGCAAUUUCAUUUGUAUGGAGCAGCCAGACUGUCAUCCAUCAUCUAAUAUUUUAUCGUUCAUACAGGGAGAAGGGAUUAUACCUUUACCCUAGCUAGGGUGACCAUGGUGAUACUGAAUAUAAGUAUUGAUUUGCCUGGACUACGAACUGAGAGAGAGAUCUGUCUUGUUGAUAGCCUCCCCAGAGCCCGUAGCCCCCAUGCAGCCGGAGAGGGAGAUUCUGUCUGCUCCCAAUGAAACCUGAGGCUUCAGCAGAGCUGUAGGAGACUCCCCUGAUAUUGGUGAUGUCUGCCAACAAGGCAGCGUAAGCAUAUACACAGCGAAGCUUGUAACUGCUCUCAAUAAACAGAUCUGGAUACAUAAAACAAAACAAAACCCACUCUGUGUCCAUUAAUUAGCUGCCAAUGAGAGGCAACUUACAUUUAAUGGUUCAUUCUCUCAUGAUAUGGGUGUAAGUAACAGUUUCCUAACUAUAGUGUAGCAGUGUUUGUUAUGAGCAGACUGUGGUCAGUCCUGGCAGGCUCUGGUGCUGAGUGGGAAAGGUGAUGGAUUUCUCAGCAGUGCUCUGGCCUGACUCCAGCAGCCCCUACCACUGACUGUUAUCUCUGUGGGUGCUCUGAUCCAACUUACAAAGAGAUGAACAUACACACACACGCUCGCAAAUAUACAUAAUUGACAGCUUGACACAUGUAUAGCCGAAUACACUGACAGGCUGACACACAGUCAUACAUACACGUAUAUAUGCAUUGACAGAAGGACAUACACACAUGCACAAAACCUCUCCAACACAAAUAUCUCUGCCCAUAUGCCCUGCUGCUGUGGCAUGCAAUUGUCAUUAGUGCUAUAUGUCAUGACUCAGUCGUGACCCCUGUGCCUCUGCACUGUAGGCUAUGACACAUGCAGCAGGGUGGAUAAGGUGGUGGCAACUCUGUGCAACACUGUGGCUCCUACUGUGUUGCACCACCUUGUAGCCAAUGGCUCUGCUCCCUCAUAGGCUGAACAGGAAGUGGUCGUCUGAAAUGGUUGAAAGAACAGCAACAGAUGUUCUGAACUUGCACACAAAUGAUGCACCAAUGUGUAUCCGUUCUUUUAUGGAUUAUAAAAGUGCCUUACAUUUCUGACCUUACAUGCAAAGAUCUUCCCCAUGUAGUGUAGCUGUUGAUAUUUUACUAUCUUCAGUAUACUAUCUUCAUCAACAAUACAGAUACAAAUUGCAUAUAUUUUAGGGGGUUCCUCUGGGCUCAAUGCAAGACCACUGCAGAAUAGCUUUUAUCUGUGUUAAUCUGUUCCUUGUCUAAAGUGUCUCACACACUCUCCCUAGUUCAGUCAGUCAGUAGACACUCUCCAGGCCCUCUGCCUUCAAUGUGAGAGCAGAGAUUCUGCCUGACAUCACACAUGGGAGGCUGACUCCCGCAGCAUGAAGGGUAAAAGGUUGAGGCUUGAACACCCCAGGCAGAUAAAGCAGCCUUUUCAUGUGUGACCUCCCUGCAGCCCAAAACAAAUCCCACUGACCGCUGCCUUUGAACUGUAGACCAAUGUUCCUAUGGCAGGAGCCUCUACUAUCUGAGUGUAUAACAUAAAACUCAAAAGUGUUUUCUGUUUUAGUUUGAGUAUUUUCAGUAUAAACCUGUCUCUUCUACAGUCUUUGGCAAAUAUAACAACCCCCUCCAGAGUUUCUCCUGUUUGCUUGUAUAUAAUGGGCAUUUCCAUCUAAAAGGACCCAUGAGCACACACAUGUGAAGUUCAUAGGAGCAUGUCAAAUUGGGUGUCAAAUGAACGGUAAGAGUUUUAGAAAUUAAGGCAUAUAUACAUUUCUCAACCAUUUUCCAUCCUAAAAAUGUGUAAUAAGCAAAAGCUUUCAUUUCUGGUCAAACAGAUAGAAAAAGGGGUCUUGGACAACAUCGACCAGAAAAAUUAUUGAAAGGUAUUAGAUGUACAUCAAAACACUAAUGUUGAAGUAAAGACCCCUGCCAACUAAUAUCAACACUUACAGUGCCUUCAGAAAGUAUUCACACCCCUUGACUUUUUCCACAUUUUGUUGUGUUACAGCCUGAAUUUUAAAUGGAUUUAAUUGAGAUUUUGUGUCACUGGCCUACACACAAUACCCUAUAAUGUCAAAGUGGAAUUUUUAGAAAUGUUAUGGCACGCCUAAAUAAGUUCAGGAGUAAAAAUGUGCUUAACAAGUCACAUAAUAAGUUGCGUGGACUCACACUGUGUGCAAUAAUAGUGUUUAAGAUUAUUUUUUAACAUGAUUACCCCACACAUACAAUUAUCUGUAAGGUCCCUCAGUCGAGCAGUGAAUUUCAAACACAGAUUCAACCACAAAGACCAGGGAGGUUUUCCAAUGCCCCACAAAGAAGGGCACCUAUUGGUAGGUGAAAAAUAAGAAAAGCAGACAUUGAAUAUUCCUUUGAGCAUGGUGAAGUUAUUAAUUACACUUUGGAUGGGGUAUCAAUACACCUAGUCACUACAAAGAUACAGGCGUCCUUCCUAACUCGGUUGCCGGAGAGGAAGAAAACCACUCAGGGAUUUCACCAUGAGGCAAAUGGUGACUUUAAAACAGUUACAGAGUUGAAUGGCUGUGAUAGGAGAAAACUGAGGAUGGAUCAACAACAUUGUAGUUACUCCAAAAUACUAACCUAAAUGACAGAAUAAAACAUAUUCCUAAACAUGCAUCCUGAUUGCAAUUAGGCACUAAAGUAAAACUACAAAAAAUGUGGCAAAGAAAUGAACUUUAUGUCCUGCAUACAAAGCGUUAUGUUUGGGGCAAAUCCAACACAACAAAUCAGUACCACUCUUCAUACUUUCAAGCAUAGUGUUGGCUGCAUCAUGUUAUGGGUAUAAUUGUCAUCGACAAGGACCAUGGAGUCUUUUAUGAUAAAAAUAAACGGUAUAGAGCUAAGCACAGGCAAAAUCCUAGAGGAAAACCUGGUUCAGUCUGCUUUCCAACAGACACUGGGAGACAAAUUCACCUUUCAGCAGGACAAUAGCCUAAAACACAAGGCCAAAUAUACACUGGAAUUGCUUACCAAGACGACAUUGAAUGUUCCUGAGUGGCCUAGUUACAGUUUUGGCUUAAAUCGGCUUGGAAAUCUAUGGCAAGACUUGAAAUGGAAUACUUUCUGAAGGCACUGUAUAUUUAGUUUUGGAUAAAUUAUUUGCCUUCUGUAACUUUUUAAGAAACAUUGCCUUGUGCCUAGGGCUGUGGCGUUCAUGAAAUCUCAUCAGCCGGUGAUUGUCAAGCAAAUAAUUGUCGGUCUCACGGUAAUUGACCGUUAAUUAACAUAAACACAUUUAGCAUCUCCUGGCUUCCACACAAGCCACUGAUGCAGUCCUUUGGAACAUCUACAUUUAAAAAAGUCUAAUAAAUCCAUGUAAUAUAGCCUACACCUUCACAAUAAAUCUGUUAUUUAUUUUAGACAGGUCUAAAGAAGCAUGAUAUGAAGAGAAUGUAGUCUAUUUCAGAAGAACAGAAUAGUAUACUCUGAGUUGUCCUUAUGUUAGAUCCUAACCGGGCUAUGCCAAAUGGCUGUGGGCUACACUAGUUCAUUUAGCAGACAAGAUUUGCUUAGAAUUCCUUGGCAUUAUUUCGUAGUAUGAAGAAUACAAUUGAACAAAGCUGAAUAAAAUAGAAAGGAUAUUUUCUCCAAACGAUUUGAGGGAGUGCGCACUUGCGGCUAUUCUGUGUUGCAUGCUUAACAAAGAAAUAGGUAUUCCUAUAUGCUUAAUUUAGAGUUAUUAAUGUAACUUUUAGUUGUUCUACAAACGUUGGGCUAUAUGUUUUGAUUUUGAAUACAUUGUAAGGCUGCAUGAUGCGACUCUAAUGAUGACUUGAAAAAAGUUGCUUGAAAGGCUUGAGCUCUGCUUUGUUUUUUGCGCAAACUGUGCACACAUCAGUCACUCAUUCACAAUUUGACAAGCACUUGAUAAUGCCUAGAAUUUCAUGGCGGCAUCCCCUUUGUGUGGCUGUAAUGCACCCAAAAAAAAUCCAUGCCUUUUGCGGCCAGUGGCUGUUGUGCCCUUCUCCCUGAGUGCUGUGCGCUCCAUCACGUGAUCAGGUCUUUCUCACAGGCUACAAGUGAAGACCGACACAUCGGGGACGGAACUACGCGCGUCCUUAUCCAAUUCCGAGGUGCAUAUUGAAGAUAUUGGAAGAACUGUGCACAUUUACUUUUCAUCAGUCAACAAGAUGAGUAGGCCUAACGAACGGCAAAAGCACUAGCCUAUGUCAAUCUACUAUUCCCCAUAGUACAAAGGUUUACCUAUUCUGUGCGAGAAAUAAAUAUUCCAAACAUAGUCUGGGACAGUUGUGGGAUGCGAUAGAUCCCAAAUUAAUACAACCACUAGCGUCAAAAAAACAUUUUUUACGCAAUGUGGCUGACGCAACAGAUCAGAACGUUUAGCUUCAAAUGUUGAUCAACUAUUAGGCUAUUUCUUUACAUUAUAAGCGCCGCAAUGAGCACAUGGUAGUAGGCUAUAAGCGCAAAUGUUCCAUUAGCGGAAAACACCAUUAUCAAAAGUGACCGCAAAUGCAAUUAUGCAUGUAAUGCUUUUAUUAUAAAGGUGCAUUUUUAUGGUGAAAAUUAUCUUCCCCAAACUUGAAACUCAUGCGCAGCUUAUGUAUGCCAGGCUCUACACCAGGGUUCUUAAAUUCCGGUCCUGGAGGGCCGAAACACUUCUGUUUUUUAUUUCUACCUGGUAGUUAAUUGCACUCACCUGGUGUCCCAGGUCUGAAUUAGCACCUGAUUAGAAGGAGAGGAUGAAAAACAGAGGUGUUUCGGCCCUCCAGGACCGGAAUUAAAGAACCCUUCUCUACACUAAGUUAUUUGGCCACUUUAGUUGUGAUACAAACCUUAUUAAAACAUUUAGGCCUAUGGGCUAGGCUACAUGAGGUGUGCGACUAUGAUUAGAAAAAGUAGCAAAAAAAAGGCAUUGUUUCUUAUGCUGAGGAUCGUUUACAAGUGAUAAUAUAUAAUUCACAAGUGAUUGUCACCCAUCAGGGUAAUCUUGUCUUUACAUAUACUAAAUAAUAUAUUUGUGAAAUUUGUUUUGAUUUAGAAUAGACUAUUAUCAUGCACCUGUAUCGUAAUAGGGACAGCGGGAAAAAAUACAUGUCAUCUAUGCACUUCAAUAGCGAAUGGAGGAUGCUUUUCCCCGUGGUUUAUUUUCAUGCCAGACAGGUAGGCUAUACUCCUUUUGUAAAUAUAAGCAAUGUGCUUAAUAUUAGGAAAGCUGAAAAAUAAAUAUAGUAGGCCUAGCCUAUAGAAAGCUGAUCCUCCUCUUUUUAGUAGAGGCCAUCACUCUGUUUUCUCGCGCAAUUGCCUAACCUAUUGAAAUGUUGCGCAACAUGAGCUCAUGGACUCUCAUGAAGUGUUUGAUUAGAUUUUCAAACACAUUUGCAUUGAUGUCAGAGUGAUUAGAGGGACAAUAGAGUGCUGAGUACCAGGCAGUUAGCAAGUUUGGUGGGAUACUAAUGACAAUCAGCAGCAUCAGAGCUUGGAGAAGCCUAAUUACCGUGACUAAACGGUCACGUGGAAUUUGACUGCUUUCAUGACACGUGACCGCCGGUGUGGCGGUAAUAUGGUCACCGCAACAGCCCUACUUGUGCCUUGAAAUUCCAUUACCAAAAACCCUCAUAUCUUGAAGAAAUGUUCUUAUUUAUCUCCCUCAUGAGGAGGGAGGAUAAUGAAAUUGAACAGAAGAAACAAGUAAAGGAAGACCUACCAAUUAGUUGUAGUGUUUUUACUGAUAUCAAGUUUGUUUAUUAAUUAUUAAGUGAUUCAAACUCGUAAUUCUGUUACCAAAUCGUUAACCGAAUUACCGAAAAAUCUGUAAUGGAAUUGCUGCAAUUGAAUUGGCUACAAUGGGAAAUCAUAGUAGUCACAAACCACAGGUCACCUGCUACUGUCCUCCCUUCCACUGUUUUUUUCUUUCUUUCUGUCAUCUGGUGGUCAAAGCAAGACUGUUAAAACAGUAUGGACAACCCCUCCCUCUCACUCACUCACUCACUCACUAACUCUCCCUCUUUCUCUCGCUCUCCCUCUGCCACAUUCUCUAUCUCGAGUUAAUGUCACGUCUCCCGGCUCUUCCUGACACCUACCAUGACACCUACCACCUACCCUCUUUCCAUUUACUGUAACAAGCAUCCUCACCCACUGGGCACCGACCAACAUCGCACGUCCAUGGAUGUUGAAAUUUGGUCAGUCUGCCCUGGCCGGACCAAAUUUCAACCAAUCAUACAUGUCUAUGUUUCACAAGUUUGGACAGUACAAUAGACCAAGUAGAGAACAGUACAGUAAAGUAAAGAAGUAGAGUACAGUACACUUGUAAAGUACAGUAUAAUUUAAUGUACUGAACGUAUCUACUUUACUGUGCUCUGCUUUGCUGUACUGUACUGUACUCGACUCUACUGUGCUGUACUGUGAUGUCCAAACUUGUGAAACAUAGACGUCUAUGAUUGUUUCAGAUUUGGUCUGGUCCGGACCAACCAAAUGUGGUCUUGUUUGGGGGCGCAGCUCAUUACAAUAAUAGCCAGUGUGUAGAAUAAUACCCAAAUAUGCAAAAGAAGGAUGUUGCAUAUUUCUACCUUUUUGUGUACCUAUUCAGGAUACAUUACCAUGAAGAGAAUGAUAUUCACAUCCAUAAUUAUGCAUUUCUGUAUAGUACAGAUCAGGGACUCAUGAUGUAAUUCCGUUACCGUAAUUCUGUUACCAGAUGUAAAUCCACUUCACUUACUGUAGUUCAAUAACCAAAAUAUAUAUAUUUUUAAACUAAAGGUGUCAUGUCAUAGUUGACACCCUGUUCUUUCUGCAGACAUCUUUGAAUCUUAAUCGGAGCAGAUAUUUAAGAGUUUUUGGAAAACUUUGUCGCAUAAAACACUGAGGGAAAUUUUACAGUAAUUAUGUUACCAAACUUUGCAUCUGCACAGUUCUUCCAGUAAAUGUGUUUUUCUUAAAUGUUCUGUGUAAAUUGUUCAAAGUAGUCCUUGUGCAUUAAGUUGUAUGGUUUGUUAAACUUUGAAAGUGAAAAAUCUCAAAGCGUAAUUCCGUUACCGUGGAAAUGCCCUAAUACAACCCCCUCCAUAUUUUCCAUGUAAAACGAGAGCUGAAGCUGCCUCUAGUUCUUUUGUUAGGGCUUUCUUUUUAAGAGAACCAUUAUGACAUGCAUAACCCCCUUUUCUCAGACUUCUCCCAUUGUCCUGCCUCCAAGCCAAAUACGUAGUGCAUAAUUCAUGAAGAACUCAUUGCCAUAGUGAAGGCAAUUGCAUCAACUAAAAGCAAAUGUGUGGUCCGUGUCCGUGCACACACCGACACACAGAAUCCGUUCUAUCACGUCAUUGUUUGUUUUUUAUUGUAAUGGAAGCAGAGCAGGCAUUAAUCAGGGGGUGGUUUCACUGUUCUCUCAGGUAAACAAUGUGGGUGAUGUAGUGUUGAAAGUGUACUCAAGGCUUUCCAGAUGCACUCACUCUCUAAUGCAGUGACUCGGCUCCCACUGUCAUGUGGGUGUGUGAAUAGUACACAGUCUGGAUGUAUAUAUAGAGAGCUAUUUUUAAGGCUGAACCACAAAUAGUAGUAGUGGGGCUUAAUUAAAAUGGUCCAUGCCUCUGUUGCCAUUCCCGGGUUGCGGUCUGCUCGUUCAUUCAUGAAUUCAUAUGCACACAUGUACUCUGCACUCUCUCAUUUGCUGUCUCUCUUUUUGUUGUUACAAAUUGCUAUACAUUGCAAAAAAAGUAAUAAUAAAUCCCUGUUUAGUUAAAGGGGCAAUCUGCAGUUGCUACACCCACUUUUGGACUAAUUUAAUUAAUGAUAUAUGUAUUGAUUCUUAAAGAAUAUAACUUUAGAAAUGCCUCAUGAGCUUAGUUCAACUGUCACACCCCAUCAGAACCCAAAAUAUAAGCUUGUUUUACUCCAAUGUUUGUAAACAUUAUAAAUGUAAACAAACACUGUACAGCCUAAAAACAUGGUUAAAACGAUAAUUUUGAUUAUUAUAGAUCAGGGUUCUUCAAUUCCGGUCCUGGAGGGCCGAAACACCUCUGUUUUUCAUCCUCUCCUUCUAAUCAGUGGCUAAUUCAGACCUGGGACACCAGGUGAAUGCAAUUAACUACCAGGUAGAAAUAAAAAACAGAAGUGUUACGGCCCUCCAGGACCGGAAUUGAAGAACCCUGUUAUAGAUGGUCAGUCCCCCCCCCCCCCCCCCCCCCCCCCCCGAGGGGCUCCCGCAGUGCGCGCCAGGCUCACUUGCCCCCAUGGGAAACACUAACCCCAAGAGAAGGGUUCCCCGUCCUUCAGUUCCCCCCGCUGCUGCGGCUGCUCUUUUGAAGCGUGCUUCUAAUUUGUCCGAGAGGAACCCUGACUUAAAUGCAUCGCUUUGGUUUCUCUGUCGAGUACUGUGGAGGUUUAAAGGCUAAGACAAUUGUUGAUUUAUGAAGGACGUUGGCAAGAAUGGUACAUGAACAAUACCUGUAAUUCCUGAAUCUCAUACUGAUCCAAUGCUCUCUUCUAUUUUCCAGGAGUAACACACGUGCAGUAAAGAGGGGAAGAGGAUCCUAAUUCAGAGGACCAGUGGAUGACCUGCCUGCUGUACAGACCAUGAUCUGAAGGCCCCGCCACGUGGCCCCAGACUUUCUUCUUCAUUUUUUUCCUGCAGGGGUAAGAGCUCCUAGAGCAGCUGCCUCAGACAGGUGGAGCGGAGGGAGAUAGAGAGAGUGUGUAAGAGAAAGAGUGUGACAGCCAGGAGCCUAGUCGGCAACAGUGCCCACCAACGACCUCCACAGGACAGCCGUGCCCUCCGACCCCGCCACGCCCCCCGCCCCUCCCACCGCCAGACCGGAACCAUGGGAAGGAAAAAGAUCCAAAUACAGAGGAUCACAGAUGAACGGAACAGACAGGUGUGUGUGUGUGUGUGUGUGUGGAUUAUGUUUCUUUGUAUGUAAAAACUCUUAUCAUGCCUAUGACUACACCAGUAUUGUUCCAAGACGAUGGAAGGGUAAAUGAGUCAACCGGUUAAUGGGCUUUGGUUGAUUGAGCUUAUUGAGUAAUGGAUGUGAUGCCUCUGCCAUCCCCCCCAAAAUCCCUGGCUGAGUAAAACCUGAGUGUUUUAGACACUAGGUGGCCUGAGAUCCUGCAAUUAUCUUACAUUUCUUCUGUUAAAUCUUUACGGAUGCCCAUUUUCAUAGAACAGCACACACACAGACUCAAAAUGCUUCAGGCAUUCAAGCAUUAUGUUGAUUCAUCAUUCAAGAAAAGUUGAGAGAAAUAUUGGUGAUCCAUCAUCCUACUAGAUGUUGAUUACAAGAUACUGUCAAUAGCACAAUUGGAUUGGCCCCGUCCCCAAGGCUAUGGACUCUGACUGAAAUUCAACUGCAUAUGAAAUACAUGUUGUGAACAGAGAGCUUUAGAACCACUAAUAGUUGACAUAGUAAUGGAUUAUUAACUGAACGCCGAAUGCUACAGAGAGCAUGAACACUCCUGAAACAAUGCAGGUGCAGAAAGUAGAGCAGCUGGGGAGGUUGUGGUUGUCACUGUGGCUUCCUCCUCUCCUCGCCACACAACCACACUCAUGCGAGGACACGGUAAUGAAACAACUCAUCCCUCUCAUGGAGGAUGUCUUGUUCUGUCGUUCGUUGCCAUUGGUUACUUGCAAUUCUAUUCUUAAUGUCAAUUAUGUUCAGCUUGUUUAUCCUGGCAUUCAUGUCGAAGGAAGGAUCAAGACUAAUUAUUGUCGAAGACUCGGUGUACCUCACGCCUCCCACAAAUCAGAGUAUUUCUCUUCAUAAUAAACAGGCUUAUAAUUGGUUAUGAAAAACAUUGGAAUUGUAUUGUUUAUCAGCUCUGUGAGCCUGGCUUGCCAUUGUCCUCGCUGAACUUUCUUCCCCUUGUUUCUGUGUGUGUGUGCGCAAGGAGAUGAUUGUGUGAGUGUGUGUGAUGGGGUUUGAGGGAGGGGGUGGUAGGCGGUUGCCCAUGGAUACGACCCCGAUAUAAUUUGAUUUGUGGCAGCGGGAAGCAAUGAGUGAGCAAGAACAAGGCAGGGAGAGAAAAGGAGGAAAAGGAGGGAGAGAAAAGAAAAUGAGAGAGACGUAGACAGUGAGAGAGAGAGACGUAGACAGUGAGAGAGAGAGACGUAGACAGUGAGAGAGAGAGACGUAGACAGUGAGAGAGAGAGACGUAGACAGUGAGAGAGAGAGACGUAGACAGUGGAGAGAGGAGACUGAGACAGUGACAGUGAGAGAGAGACGUAGACAGUGAGAGAGAGAGACGUAGACAGUGAGAGAGAGGAGACGUAGACAGUGAGAGAGAGACGUAGACAGUGAGAGAGAGAGACGUAGACAGUGAGAGAGAGAGACGUAGACAGUGAGAGAGAGAGACGUAGACAGUGAGAGAGAGAGACGUAGACAGUGAGAGAGAGAGAGAGACGUAGACAGUGAGAGAGAGAGAGAGACGUAGACAGUGAGAGAGAGAGACGUAGACAGUGAGAGAGUACAAGGAGAGAACACAAGCUGGCUCCUGCCCCACAGAGAGGUAUCAGUAUAACAUGGGGGUGCUCAAGCAAUUACAAGGGAGAGGGGAUGGAGAGAGUGAGAAAGAGAGAGAGCGAGCAGUUGAAGGUCUCACAUGGCAGCUGUAGAAUCUGCAUGUGUGGUUCCUUUCCGUGCAUCUGCUUCCUCGUGCGCCUCUCUGAUCCUGUCUACAGCAAAACAAACAAAUUCAAAUCCCUCAUUUGCAUAAAUGCUUCACAAUACCAAGGGAGUGGUAAUAAACAACACCACAACACACUGCAGGACCUCAUCCCUGUUGUCACCUUUAAUUAGCUCUCUGUAGUGUGUUGUUUGUUCACACAUUGGCUGUUCUCUAAGAUACUUAUUUAAUUACUGUUAUUGAUAUAUUCCCUCACACUUUUAUUACGUUUAACCUAUUAUUAUACAGUACCAGAAAUUCCUUCACUUUUAUAGUAUCGCUAAUGUUAUUUUUCUUCCUCUUUCCUUCUAUGCCAAAUAUCCCCCUCCCCUUCCCAAUAUCACCUGCCAAUCUCCCCCCUCCCUCCCAAUACCCUCCCCCACAACAUCCCUUCUCUACCACCCUCUAAUAUACCCCCCCAUACCCACACCAUCCCUCCCCUCCCAGGUGACGUUCACCAAGAGGAAGUUUGGCCUGAUGAAGAAGGCCUAUGAGCUGAGUGUGCUGUGCGACUGUGAGAUCGCCCUCAUCAUCUUCAACCACUCCAACAAGCUGUUCCAGUACGCCAGCACCGACAUGGAUAAGGUCCUGCUCAAAUACACAGAGUACAACGAGCCCCACGAGAGCCGAACCAACGUCGACAUCAUGGAGGUAAUGGAGGGGGGAGAGAGGAGGAGGGAAGAGCAGGGAGGUGUUACUGUGUAAUUCCCUGCAGGAGAUGGUGAACAGGGUGGUUGUGUGUUUUGAGGUAGUGGGGGAGAUGGGGGGGAGGGGAAAGGUGUUACAAUAUGGCAUUUUAGUACAGUGCCAUGGAGGAGAGGCGGUAAUGAAAUGGCUCGCUGUGUUUCAUUUUGUUUUUACAGCCGUGGUUGUAAUAUAGUUGUAAUUUGGUCAUAAUAUGCUAGUUUUUAAGGUAGUUUAGAUUUGAUAACACUUUAUUUUAUGGUUUGCCUAUAAACUGAUUUUGCAUUAUAAUUUUUUUUAACAUUUUGUUAAUAAAUUAAGUUGGCAAUAUUUCUGGAGUGUUUGAUGAUUUAUAUUUGAUAACAGGCCCAUGUGACCUGAUGUGAUGUUUUCUUGAUAUCAGGAGCUGUUUUAUGUUUGACUACCACCACUCUGGUCUGGAGGAGCGCUUUCAAUCCAUAGACAUCAGGUCUUCAUUUAUGUAGCAGGAAAAAGGAUGUUUUUUACUUUCUCUUUUCUUUUUUAGGUAACUGUUCGAGUUUUCAAGAUUGCUUUUUUAGUUUCUUGUGCUUUUCUCUGUUGAAUCCUUGGUUAAAUCCAGAGUUGUCUGGAUGUUGUGUUUGUCAUAGCCAGAGUAGAUGAAUAUAAACACAAGCUACAAGCCUUCAUCAUUCAUUCCUCUUAAAGCAAAUGUCUAGUGAGAGAGAGAGAGGGAGGGAGUGAGAGGGCAGCUACAGUAUCUUCCAUGACAUUAUCUCAGAGAGAGAAGGAGACAGAUCGAGAGGGAGAGAGGGAGAUGGAGAGGGCAGCUAGCAUGGGCCGGCUCUAGAAGGCCCUAAAUGUACACCAGUGUGCUGUGGACAGAUUACAGGCUCGUGUGGGGCCUGUUCCAGUAUCCAUCCAGGCCUGGCCGGCUGCCUGGUGCCUGGGAUCAUGGAGGGAGGGCAGAGGUAGGGACAGCUGGACCUGCUGUCACCACCCCCUGGCCUUGGCCGGGGCUCCAAGGCCACUCCAACAAAAAGCCUCCGGUCCCCCUGGAACCACUCUGUCACAAAAUGGAGGGCUGCAUGAAGGAGGAGGAGCAUAGAGAUAGUUUUCUAUAUAGGGAAUGUGAAUGAGGUUACAUUGAGCGAAUGAGUGGUCAAGGGAUAUCUUUUGUUCACCAACAUGGAUGUGCGGUUUAAUUUAUCUGCCUUGAUAAAGGUUUCCUCAUGGAUUCAUAACAAAUGGGAAAAUACGUUUUUAACUGGCUAUUUAAAUAUUAACUUACCAUUUAUAAUUUAUAUGCAGUGAAGCCUUUUCGCUCUAUGAAGACCAUGUCACUGGAUCAUGAAAUACUUGCUACAGAAGUUGCAGCUGUCCAUUACCACGUGGAAUAACUGAGAUGGCAUUCAGAGUGUAAAUGAGUCUCUCUCGCUCUCUGUCUCUCUCUCUUUCUCUGUCUGUCUCUCUGUCUGUCUGUCUGUCUGUCUGUCUGUCUGUCUGUCUGUCUGUCUGUCUGUCUGUCUGUCUGUCUGUCUGUCUGUCUGUCUGUCUGUCUGGCAGAGGUGAAGGCUUUCAGUGGGAGAGCUACAUGGAGCUCCAGUUGCAGAUGGCUCUUAAGUGUGUGUGCUAGUGUGCUGUGGGAGGGCGUUUGGCCACUCCGGGCCACAUUAGCUCCACUGGCUGUGUGUGUGUAUGCCUCUGUGUGUGUGUGUGUGCCUAAUGUGUGUAUGCCUGCCUGUAUUUGUGUGUAAGCCUUCAUGUAUGUGUGCAUGCGCCUGCUCUGCAGUGGCCCGUGAGAAUGCCUCAUACAAUAUUCAGGCCAGAUGAGAGCCUCAGCGCGGGAGUGUGUCACUGCCUGCAUCCAUAUGAGGGUUCCCCAAUGCAUCUCCAUCUCCUUUUGCAAGCCUCAGGCCCAGAGGCAAACCACUGUUCUGCUGCCAAUCCCCAGACCGCUUGUUUAGUUUCAUCUGUAUUGUGUAGCGAAGGUGAGCAGGGAAAGAGGAGGAGAAAGACGGUGGGAGAGAGAGAGAAGAGGGGCUGAGCAGAUAGGCACAAAAUGUGUCCAUUUGCCGCUCUGCCUCCCCGUGUCUCUCCCAGCAAGUGCUAUGAAUUAUGGAGUUGGAUGCAGUCACGCACACACACUUAGUCAUACGUUAUGCUUACUAUAUACCAUACGCACUCACACACACACGCACACACACACACACACACACACACAGUACAUUAAUAUACACACACAUAAAUAUAUAGACCCAAUGCUCAAAAGCACUCAUACUAACACUGAAAUGUGUAUACAUACACACUCUCUCUCUCACACACACACACACAGACACACUCACAGACACACUCAAUAUUCUUCACACAGUUAGGCAUUCCUUCACUCUAGUACACGGCUGGGUGGUGAUGCAUAUGUACACACACAGCCUCUCUCUGUGCUGCACGUGUUGUGUGUGUAGUGUGUGUGUGUGUGGGCAGCCUGCCUCUACUGCCAGGACGUCUUAAUCCACUUGACUGCAGAUCCCAAUCAGGGGCGAGGGAAGGAAAAGCCAGGGAGAAAGAGCUCUGAAGGAGGAGGGAGAUGAAUAGCCAGGGAGAGGAGAGAAGAAGAAGAAGAGGGGAUGCCCUUUUUCUUAAGCAGCUCAAGGAGGAAGGAUCUUCCCACAGCAUGGCUUAAAGACUUUGUCACUGCCCCGAUUCAAGGUCACGGUGAGAGGAGCUCCUCACGACACGCACCACAAAACAGCACUUGACAAGAUUCCCCCUAAGUAAUUGAUUCCAAUUACACUUUCCGAUAUGGAGGCCCACCACCAAAGGGGGUUCUGGGUAGAGGCCAGGGCCCUUCGGAACUGUCCUAUCACGACGUUGAUGGUUCCCUAGGAGGCGGGCCUCCCUCUGUUGGCCUGACGAUGCUCCCUCCCCCGGGACUAAUCCCGUUUUGCCAUGUCAACCAAAUUCCUGGGACAUCCCCUAAGACCUGUCAUAUCCCAAUAUCCUAAUCGGGACAGGACAGGGUCAAUGGGGGCUUCUCCUUAUCACGUGGCCUCCAAAGGUCACAUGACGCACCAUGAUCGCCAUGGAGACGGUAAUAGGUUUUAUGAUGAUGCACCAGGGUGUGAUGGUAAAUGGCAUCAAAUCAGAUUCCGUUUUUUGUUUUUGUUAAACAGGCACUUAGUCUGUUACUAUGUUUGUUGUUGUUGCUGUCAUUAGCAUUUCAUUUAUUCAUCAUGGCAAGCUAAAUAAAUAGUGUGAUUUGAUGCCUGAGUUGAAUUGAAUCUCAAUAUUUUAAAGAGCUUAUGCAGCAUUAUGCCCAUUUUAGACAGACUGUUAAAUACAACAGGAUGUGAUUGCUCGGUCUCUGAUACAGAUCAUAUGGUCCUCCUCAUAGGCAUAAGUACACUGUCAUCCUAUGAAGCAAGCACAGGACGAGCUGCUAUCUGACAUCCGACAUCCGGCAGAUUCCAGACCAUCCAUAUCCAUUGAGGGCAUGGUCCGCUACCUCUGUACUCUGAGGAAGCAAGCAAUCAGCCCCUCCUGAGAUGGUGUGAUAGAGAUAGAGGGGUCCAUUAACCACAUGUAUAAGUAAUAACACCCACCGCUGGCCAUUGUGAUAAUGGUGGGAGACAUUCUUCAGGGAUGUACUACUGUCAAAUGAAUGAGGAGGAUAGAGCAGGACAGAGCCGCUAUGGCCACUCAGUUUCCCCGAUGCUGCCAUGUUAGUGAUGUGUUCUUUGGCAGCCCAGUAGUGUAGCAAGCAGAGGCUUUAGUUGUGCUCCAUCAGGAUGCCCUGGGGGGCUCCAUGUACCUGAAUGCGGGCAACUGCAAAUGGGAAUUGACAUUACAUUCUGCCUUUAUGGACAAGGGCCCCGGCCCGUACUGCUCACCACAUACAUCCAUUCUAAAGAGAGAGAGAAGGUAGAAUUGGAGAAAAGGAGAGAUGGAUGGCAUUGUGAGAGCAAAAAGUAGGAAUGGGAAGCUGUGGGAAUAGGUCAAGAGAGCAAAAGGGAGAGCAGGUCAAAAGAAGACAGGGGUGAGGAGAGAGAUGGAUAGACAGGAGAUGGAGGGAAGGAGGAGGCAGGAUAUGAGGAUAAAGGAGGGCAGCAAAGGAGAGCUUGUGGGAGAAUAGGAGGAUGACGUGAGAGGACUGUAUGGAUCGAUUAUGAGAUCUAAAGCGAGAAAAAGAGAACUGGAUAUAAAUGGAUAGAGUGAAAGAGAAGAGGGUGAAAGGUGAUGGAAAGCGAGAGAUACCGAUGGAGAGCUGAAGACCGAAAGAGAAAGACCGAGCGACCGCGAGAGAAUGAAAGUGAGAGCGAGGGAGAGCAGAAGAUGUGCCAGAGGGGGAGGGGGAGGGGCAGGGAAGCUCACAGCCCAGCCAGCCAGACUGUGCUGCUCUGCAGGGGAAUCUUACCCUGGCAACACAAUAGAGGGCAGCACUUGAAAGAGUGUGCCAGCGGGGGAGAGGUGCAGAGGGACCGGUGAACAGAUGGAGCUGACUGAGAGACAAGCUGAUCAGCUGACCGACUUCUGCCAGUGUGUGUGUGUGUGUGUGUGUGUGUGUACCAUUAUAUAGGACUGCCAGGUCCUAUUGUCAGGGUAGUUUUGUAUGUAGCGAUUUUCGGUUUUUGUUGACAGUCUGCUGCAUAUGUCCAUGACUCUACCACGUCCCCGCGACAGAGUUUUGUCACAUGUUGUCAUUGUCAGUUUUUAGCUUUUUAGGUCAGCACACACACAGAUCAUGUUUUCUAUAAACAGUGCAGAAUAAACAGUAUGGUGGUUGAACAGUGUCAGUAAGUUCUAGCGUCUAAUUUAAUCAGUGCACUGAUUUGAAUGUAUAUGCCUGAACAGAGAAAUUGGGUACUGAUGAAAGAAUCAUCCCCAUGUGGGUGGAAUGUAUUUCAUACUGUGUGUAAAAAUAUGAAUAUAAUAUAUAUUAUGGAUAUCAUACUAUAUAUGAUGGAUAAUAAUAUUGGCAUCAUAUUUAAAGUUAAUUUGAUCUGUAUUGAGGGGUUUAGCUCAGUAAACCUGGAUUUAACUUCACAGUUUGGUAGCUAAUGACUGCAUUAGUCAUUUUACAUCUUUUAUUCUCUCUGCCUCUCAGCUUGGCAUUGAAUUUCAUGGUUUUGAGUCAUCCUCUCUACACAGAGAACAGUGAUCGUCCCUAGUGGGUGUCCUAGAGAACAUCCACUUAUCUGGUCAUCAAAUCUCCAUCAGGCAGCACUCACUGUAUGGUGGAUAAUACAGUCAUCUUUCUGCCACACAAUACUUUAGAUACCCAUUUAUUUAUGUUGGUUUACCUAAAUACACAUUCCCCUUUGCAUAUACAAUUGAACAGAAUAGUACAUCUGUCAUGUAAAAUAAUUUGCCACUCUCUAGGUUAGAGUCCAUUUUGCUAGUGUUGGGAUCUGGUUUGCUGUUUGGUCCAGAUCCCACUGGCAAAGCUACUUACAGUAAAGCUUGUUUCCAGAAUAAUCUCAAAAUAAGACCCUUUCCACUGUACAUUAGAGCUGAAAUGGCCUGACUACUUUAGCUCUGUGGCUGGCUAACACCAUGGUGUGCUUCCGUUUCACCCCUUACCCUUUACUUCGCUCAAUGGCUUUUGUUGGCGUGACGCUUCACACCAAUUUAGAGGUGCUGUUGAUUAUCAUACAGCAAGAGUGUAGUAGUAGUGUUCUUUAACAAUAUGCAGCAUUACAAUUACUUUGCAAGUUGUACAGAGAUGUCAACCAGGUAGCCUAAUGACUAGAUCGUUGGGCCGGUAACCGAAAGGCCGCUGGUUUGAAUAUCUGAGCCGACAGAUGAAAAAAUAUGUUGAUGUGCCCUUAAAGCACUUAACAUUAAUUUGCUCCAGGAGCGCCGUACUACUAUGGCUAACCCUGUAAAACAACUCAUUUCACUACAUCUAACUGGUGUAUGUGACAGUAAAACAUAUAUCUAUAGAUAUAUUUCUAUAUUUUUUUGUUGUUGAAAAUGUUAUUCAUUGUCCAGUAAUACAGUGGCUUGCAACCUGGAAAUAAAAUGGCUUUUUGGGGGGUUUGUAUAAUUUCAUUUACACAACAUCCCUACCACUUUGAAGAUGCAAAAUAUAUUUUUUUGUGAAACAAACAAGAAAUAAGACAAAAAACAGAACUUGAGCGUGCAUAACUAUUCAUCCCCCCCCCCAAAGUCAAUACUUUGUAGAGCCACCUUUUGCAGCAAUUACAGCUGCAAGUCUCUUGGGGUAUGUCUCUAUAAGCUUGGCACAUCUAGCCACUGGGAUUUUUGCCUAAUUCUUCAAGGCAAAACUGCUCCAGCUCCUUCAAGUUGGAUGGGUUCCGCUGGUGUACAGCAAUCUUUAAGUCAUACCAGAUUCUCAAUUGGAUUGAGGUCUGGGCUUUGACUAGGCCAUUCCAAGACAUUUAAAUGUUUCCCCUUAAACCACUCGAGUGUUGCUUUAGCAGUAUGCUUAGGGUCAUUGUCCUGCUGGAAGGUGAACCUCCGUCCCAGUCUCAAAUCUCUGGAAGACUGAAACAGGUUUCCCUCAAGAAUUUCCCUGUAUUUAGUGCCAUCCAUCAUUCCUUCAAUUCUGACCAGUUUCCCAGUUCCUGCCGAUGGAAAAACAUCCCCACAGCAUGAUGCUGCCACCACCAUGCUUGGGAUGGUGUUCUCGGGUGAUUAGAGGUGUUGGGUUUGUGCCAGACAUAGCGUUUUCCUUGAUGGCCAAAAAGCUCAAUUUUAGUCUCAUCUGACCAGAGUACCUUCUUCCAUAUGUUUGGGGAGUCUCCCACAUGACUUUUGGCGAACACCAAACGUGUUUGCUUAUUAUUUUCUUUAAGCAAUGGCUUUUUUUAUGAUCACUCUUCCGUAAAGCCCAGCUCUGUGGAGUGUACUGCUUAAAAUUGUCCUAUGGACAGAUACUCCAAUCUCCGCUGUGGAGCUUUGCAGCUCCUUCAGGGUUAUCUUUGGUUUCUUUGUUGCCUCUCUGAUUAAUGCCCUCCUUGCCUGGUCUGUGAGUUUUGGUGGGCGGCCCUCUCUUGGCAGGUUUGUUGUGGUGCCAUAUUCUUUCCAUUUUUUAAUAAUGGAUUUAACGGUGCUCCGUGGGAUGUUCAAAGUUUCAGAUUUGUUUAAAUAACCCAACCCUGAACUGUACUGAGUGGCGCAGUGGUCUAAGGCACUGCAUCGCAGUGCUAACUGUGCCACUAGAGAUCCUGGUUCGAAUCCAGGCUCUGUCGCAGCCGGCCGCGACCGGGAGACUCAUGGGCGGCGCACAAUUGGCCCAGCGUUGUCCAGGGUAGGGGAGGGAAUGGCCGGCAGGGAUGUAGCUCAGUUGAUAGAGCAUGGCGUUUGCAACGCCAGGGUUGUGGGUUCGAUUCCCACGGGGGGCCAUUAUAAAAAAAAUAUGUAUUCACUAACUGUAAGUCGCUCUGGAUAAGAGCGUCUGCUAAAAUGACUAAAAUGUAAAUGUAAAAUAUACUUCUCCACAACUUUGUCCCUGACCUGUUUGGAGAGCUCCUUUGUCUUCAUGGUGCCGCUUGCUUGGUGGUGCCCCUUGCUUAGUGGUGUUGCAGACUCUGGGGCCUUUCAGAACAGGUGUAUAUAUACUGAGAUCAUGUGACAGAUCAUGUGACACUUAGAUUACACACAGGUGGACUUUAUUUAACUAAUUAUGUGACUUCUGAAGGUAAUUGGUUGCACCAGAUCUUAUCUAGGGGCUUCAUAGCAAAGGGGGUGAAUACAUAUGCACUCACCACUUUUUAGUUAUUUAUUUUUUAGACAUUUUUGAAACAAGUUAUUUUUUUCAUUUCAUUUCACCAAUUUGGACUAUUUUGUGUAUGUCCAUUACAUGAAAUCCAAAUAAAAAUCCAUUUAAAUUACAGAUUGUAAUGCAACAAAAUAGGAAAAAUGCCAAGGGGGAUGAAUACUUUUGCAAGGCACUGUAACUCCUUAUUUCAGACAUCUUUGUUGAUUUGUGUAGAGUAGACCUUUAAAGGUGGUUAGCUUUGAAACGAUGGUCAUAGAUGUUGUAAACAUUGACAUUGACCUUCCUGGAACGAUGGAUGAAAUAUUAUCUGAGGCUCAGAAUCAUGUUAUUGGUCUUGUUCGAAUGCUAUCACUGUUCUUGACUCAAAUUGAUAUCCUUUUCUUUAUCAUUAUUAGAAUUUAAAUGGUGGUACAGUCUGGUGUUCCGUGUAGUUCAGUUGGUAGAGCAUGGCGCUUGCAAGCCAGGGUUGUGGGUUUGAUUCCCACGGGGGGCCAGUAUGAAAAAAUUUAUGCACUCACUAACUGUAAGUCGCUCUGGAUAAGAGCGUCUGCUAAAUGACUAAAAUGUAAAAUGUAAUGGGUGUUGUUGACAAAAUUGUGCGUUAAAAUGAAAUGUUUUCCCCCUCAUCCUCCUUCCUCUGCUUCUUCCUCCUCUAACCGCUUCAGACGUUGCGAAAGAAGGGCUUUAACGGUUGCAACAGCCCCGAGCCGGACUGCGAUGACUCCAUCGACCAAAGCCCGCUAAACGACGACAAGUACCGCAAGAACGAGGACCUGGAUAUCCUGUUCAAGCGCUAUGGCGUGAGUACCAUCGUCCUCUCGUCACGUUCUCUAACCUACCUCUCUCUCCUCUCUCUCUCUCCGUUGUGGGAACGAACGGACCAAGGCUCUGAACAAGAAAGAGCAUCGGGACUCAGAGAGCCCAGACCCCGAGGAGCCCUUCUCCCUCACCCCCCACACUGAGGAGAAAUACAAAAAAAUUGACGAGGAGUUUGAUAAAAUGAUGCAGAGCUAUAGGCUGUCAGUGAGUACCGUGAGCUGUACCGUAACUGCUGUGUUACUGGACCGGACUGGAUUUUACCCAGAGCCGGUUGCAGACAGCAACCCAAAUACUCACAGAGCACCCCACCACCCCCCACUCCCCUCCAUCUCUCACCCACCUCUUUACCCACAAUCCCCCUCUGAUCGUGUGUGCCCGGGCAAGGAGGUCGGGGGGAGGAGCUCAACAGUCUGAUUGGAGAGUGGUCACAACCAACCAUUUAGGAAGUCAUCGUAAAGGCUUCAUAAACAUGACAUAACAUGUCUCAGGAAUCAGUCAUAAGCUAUUGACAGAUUUCAUAAAGACUACAUAAAAGUGGCAUAUGAUGAUGCCAUGGCAAACGGGGCAUAGCACAUUCAAAGCAAUACUUCUCAUUAUGCAUUGUCACCACUUCGUUAGAGUGAGAAAAUUUUGCACAAAUUAAUGCUUUUAAAGGGCGUUAGUUUUACAGAUAAAGUGUGACCAUCUAGGUUCGGAUAGGUCGUUCCUCAUUUUCCAGGGUGUUUGUCAGACACUCUCCAGGGCUGCCUUAUAAUUGGCAUGCUGCCACAGUUUAUCGCCCCUUUAUUCCUCUCUCUGGUGCCAAUUCUUUAAUGAUUCAUUAUUUUCCAUCCAGGUCUCAAUAAUGCCGUUAACGUCAGUUUAAUGAGGAGCACUCAAUUUACAACCAGGCUUCCUGUCUGAUCUGGCCUCCCUAUUGGUCACGAUGGAUGGGACUUUGUCUAUCGAGUUCCCGUCGGGCCAAUGUGAAGAACUUUACUGCUCACAGGAGGAGCUGAACUGGAGAUAUACACACCUAUCCCUGACAUAAGUCCUGGUUUCUUAGAAUGUAUUAUGCAACAUGUACUACAAUGUAUUGCAUAAUCUGUAUUAUGCAGGAUAUUGUCACUAAGACAAAAAAUCCAAUGGUGAUGGAAAGGUUUUGUUAUCCAAAACUGAUAAUAUUAUCACACACCCAACCACUCGCUUACAUUACAGCAGCGGUUCAGCAAAAAAGUUGAAUGUCUCUCUAUCGAAUCAAUUCAGUGAAUACCGCUUAUCCUGCAUUUAACCUAAGCCGUAUCUCCAACACUUUGGUGUUUGUGGUGAGCUAAAAUGGCUCCUAAAAGCAUUUCUGAGUAGAAAGAAGAAGAAUAGAAAUCAAUCUGCCACCCCUUGGAGAGUGUAGCUCCCGCCCCAGUCGAUUGGAAGCAAGCGUGCACUGGCUUUGGCCCCCCAUCCCCCGUCUUGCCCGGCACACCUUUCACAGGGCCUACUGUAGCAAACGGAAGCAUACAGCACCAAUCUCCCCAACAGCAUCAUAAUCCACCAACAUGACAGCUAGGGGGCUGGGAUAUACACGCGUAAUCCCACUCGUACUGCAAUCCCCGGAGGCGAGUAGAAAGCACUAGGGGAGCAUGGGGAGGACUAGCUAGGCUAAGCAGUCUAUAGGCAUGUACAGGAUUAUAAGGCAAGACUGGAACUUGGCCAUUGGUGACACCGCGGAUUUAGCUGCUCAGAUUUAAGUGAUGUUCCUUGAUAGUGUUUUCAAUGUUAUGUGUUUCCUGUUGUGUUUGUUUGAAAUAGGCUGUGACUGUCAGACAUUUUUUACUAAAAAGAGAGACAAAUUUGACCUAUUUCUCUGUUUAUUGAAAUUCUUAAAAAUCUUCAAAGCACUCGUUUUCCCUCCUGUAUUCCAACAAUACUAAGAGAAAAGCUGAGCAUUAUUUUAGUAAAACAAUUCAAUCUAAUUGUAUUAUACAGAGUAUUCACUGGUGAGAUCAACAUUGUAGUCAAAUGUCAAGGACCUUUAAAGGUCAACCGAACGCUGUUUGGAAGUUGUUUUUGUGGUUUUAAUCCAUCACUGCUAAACAAAUAGGAUGAGACGUUCCCUAAAGUUGAAAGGGAAACUUUCAAAGGCUUCUAGGACAAGAGGGAGGGAGGGAAAGUAGAGCAUGAGUUUAAUUAAUUCUGAUACCCUCACAUCUAGGAAAUACACCAAUGUAGAGCUCCGCUGAGAAAAAUAGGUUCGUUUUUUGUUAUGCUGUUGUAGAAGACCUUGAGCUGCCUUCAACGAACCCACUUAGCCCGAGGAAAAGCUGAAAGACUAUUAUUUAUCCAAUAUGAUUCAUUUUAGGGCCUUUGUAAUGCCAUGUACUUGACACAAUGAAUGAGUCAGUCUACUCUAGUAUUAAGAUUAUGCACACUGACAGUUAUCUGACCUAACAUAGCAAUACCACUGCAUAACUUGUUCUCCAAGAGACAUCUGUCCAAACGGCACACCACAGCACAGUUUAGUGUACAUCAGUGUAGUAUUAAACAGUGUUUGAAUGAGUAUACGAUAAGUGUGUGUAGGAAGUGCCGUCCCAGUGCUGUAUGCUCCACGUUUCCACACCUCUGCCCCCUCACACUAACCCAACCUCCAUCCAUCCCUCCACCCAUCCAUCCCUCCCUCCUCUCUGCCUGGCCAGUGUGCAGUGCUGCAGUGCUGAAACCUGCUGCCUUAUAUUGUAGACUACCUCCCCAGACGCCAGACCUGCCCACCAGCAUGCCCAGUAGGCUCACCUGUUUGGUCUUUCUAUGUCUUUCUCUGUCUCUCUCUUUAUCUCUCUCUCUCUCGCUUUCUCUCUGUGUGUCUCUCUCUUCUCGUUCUCUCCCGUCCCCUCCCCUCUCUCUCUCUCUCUCUCUCUUUCUUUCUCUGCCUCUCUCUAUCUCCGUUUCUGGUGAUCUGGGAUUUGAGACAUCUCUAUUACUGCGGAGUCCAAGGCAGAUUGGUUUUGUCUCCAUAGUCCCCUGAACAUUCUUGCCAUAUACAGCAUAUUGAGUGAAGUUGUGUACGUGACAUGACACCCUCGCAGGUCUUAUGGGUCAGAGGAGCUACAGCACUAGUGAAAGCCCGGAUGCCUAUCUGUCUUUACAUUACCUAGCACUGUUGUUGUUCGUCACUAGAACAAGAUAUUGCAGACACAGACUAAUACUCAGUCUACUGAAAUACUAAUAAAGAAAGGAAAAGGUUACACUCAGUCUCGCCACAUUGACAAAUGGUGUGUCACAAGAAUGACAGGACUAUUAUCAGAUAAUGAGAGAUAUACUACAAAACACAUGUCUCCCCUGCUCCCAUCUCUUCUACUGUAUAACAUCACACAUACAUCCCAGAUGGAAAGUUGUGGAAUACACUGUAGGCUAACGGGAAGGAAGGUCGAUAUGAUGGACAGAGUAGAGCAUCUUCUUCCUCUCUUUAAACUGGGUCCCACUCAGCACAUGCAGUACCAGGCCACGCUUGGCCCAUAUUCUAUAAAUAGAGGCCCUGCCUGCUUUCUGCCAUGAUGAGGAACAGGGUGAAAUGGGUUACAGGCAGAAGAGGGGACAACCCUGGUCUGGGUCCUGUCUCUGACUAGGACCUGGUGUUGGGCUGGGUCACACGGCUAGUAUUAUUUAGCUGACUCAGGACCUGUUCAAAGCUAUUUGCUAACUACACUUCUUAUACUUUGAGAAAGCACUCCUUGAUACUUUAGAGAACGUUUUAGUGACUAGUUAUAUACAUUUUUAAGGGUGAACGUUUACUUCCAGGUAAAAGUAAGCAAAUUAGCAGUCAACUUCUCAGGUAGAGGCUACAUAUCAGAUACUCAAAGUUCCAUGCUCUGUGCAAAAAUAAAAAAAUAAACUGACAAAACAUCUGACUUUUCUCUGAUAGUUUCUCUUCAAUUUUCCCUGCAAUUAAAGAUGCUAUAUGGGGUAAUGAAAUGUAUAAUGUGAUGUACAGUAUGACAUGUCACCAAUAACCAAUGCAAUAACAAUCCCAUGUAGCUUCUAUGAUGUACACAUAACCUUGCAUGUGAUCUGAAAGCAAACACUUUUUCAGCUUCUUGUUUCCACAAGUCACUUGCAUGCUAAUGAAUCCUGUGCGUUAGUAUGUGUGUGUGCUUGUGCGUGCACAUGCUUCUGAGAGUGUGUCUUAGUGUCUGUACCAUUAUACAUGUGCCCAUCGUGCGUGUACAUUUCUAAGCCCCUCCUCUUCCUGUCUCCUCCAGUCAGCCGUCCCACAGCCCAACUUCUCCAUGCCCGUCACGGUGCCGGUGUCCAAUCAGAACUCUCUCCAGUUCAGUAACUCUGGCGGCCUGGUCACCACCUCCUUCGUCACCUCCACCCUCACAGACCCCCGCCUGCUGUCACCACAGCAACCAUCUCUCCAGAGGACCGCUGGGUCUCCAGGGUUACCACAGCGACCGGCCAGCGCAGGUAAGGAACAGAGUGGACAGUGGUUAAUGGUUGAUGUCAGCACAAGUUCAAGUUUUAUUUGUCACAUGCACAAGUACAGUGAAAUGCUUAACUUGCAAGCCCUACCCAACAGUGCAGUAAUAUUGAAAAAAUGCAUUAUCAAAAUAGUAUAACUAAUAAUAAAAAAUACAAAAAAUACAAAACACGAGAAAUAAGAGAGGAAGCUAUAUACAGGGUCAGUGCCAGUACCACAUUUACAAUGUGCAGGGAUACUGGAGUAUUUGAGAUGUACUGUACAUGUAGGCAGGGAUUAGGAGAAAGUGACUGGUAGCAGGAUACAUAAUAAUAAUAAUAAUAAUAAUAAUAAUAGUAAACAGUAUGGCAGCUGUGUGUGUGUGUGUGUGUGUGUGUGUGUGUGUGUGUGUGUGUGUGUGUGUGUGUGUGCAUGAGUGUCAAUGUAGGCGUGAUAGGCGGAUUAUACACAACAUUAGGAACACCUGCUCUUUCCAUGACAGACUGACCAGGUGAAGGCUAUGAUCCCUUAUUGAUGUCACUUGUUAAAUCCACUUCAAUCAGUGUAGAUGAAGGGGAGGAGACAGGUUAAAGAAGGAUUUUUAAGCCUUGAGACAGUGUAUGUGUGCCAUUCAGAGGGUGAAAGGGCAAGACAAAAUAUUUAAGUGCCUUUGAACAGGGUAUGGUAGUAGGUGCCAGGCGCACCGGUUUGUCUCAAGAACGGCAACGCUGCUGGGUUUUUCACGCGCAACAGUUUCCCGUGUGUAUCAAGAAUGGUCCACCACCCAAAGGACAUCCAGCCAACUUAACACAACUGUGGGAAGCAUUGGAGUCAACAUGGGCCAGCAUCCCUGUGGAAUGCUUUCGGCACCUUGUAGAGUCCAUGCCCCGACGAGUUGAAGCUGUUCUGAGGGCAAAAGGGGGUGUGCAACUCAAUAUUAGGAAGGUGUUCCUAGGGUUUGGUAUACUCUGUGUAUAUGUAAACAGGGCUGAAAAGUGACUGUUAGUAGGAAUAUAUAAAUACGUGGUAUAAUAUAAUAAUGGAAAUAUAUACAUGUAAACAGGAGUAAUAAUGACUAGUAGCAGGUUAAAUAGAUUAAUACUAAUGGUAAUGGCAAUCAAUAAUCAAUUAACAGCAGUGUAGUGGUAGUAAUAGAUCUAAUCAAUAAUCAUUUUAGCAGCAGCGUAGGUGUGAGGGAGAGCAGUAGUUGAUAGCCAUUUAACAGUCUUCUGGCCAGGGGAUAUAAGCUUUGAGGUAAUUUUUCUGGCUUUUCUCAGACACCGCCUGGCAUGUACUUCCUGGAUGGCUAGGAGCUCACCCCCAAUUAUGCACUUGGCUGUCUGCACCACCCUCUGUAGGGCUUUCCUGUCGAGGGUGGUGCAGUUGCCAUACCAGACGGUGAUACAACCAGUCAGGAUGCUCUCGAUGGUGCAGCUGUAAAAGUUCCUAAGGAUCUGAGGGGCUAUGCCAAAUUGUUUCAGCGUCCUGAGGGAGAAGCGGCACUGCCGUGCUUUCUUCACGACUGUGCUGGUGUGAGAGGACCACGUUAAGUCCUCAGUGAUGUGGACACCGAGGAACUUGAAGCUCUUGACCCUCUCCACUGCGGCCCCGUCGAUGUCGAUGGGGGUGUGCACCCACCCUGGUUUCCUGUAGUCCACAAUCAGCUCCUUGGUCUUGCUGACGCCGAGGAAGAGGUUGCUGUCUUGGCACCACACUGCCAGGUCUCUGACCUCCUCCCUGUUAGUGAACAGGCCUACCAUCGUUGUGUCGUCAGCAAACUUGAUGAUGAAGUUAGUUGUGCGUGGCCACACAGUCGUGGGUGAACAUGGAGUACAGGAGGGGGCUAAGCAAACACCCCUGGGGGGCCCCCUGUUAAGGGUCAGCAUGGUGGAGGGAUUGUUGCUUACUCUUACCACCUGGAGUCUGCCUGUCAGGAAGUCCAGGAUCAAGUUGCAGAGGGAGGUGUUCAGUCCCUGGGUCCCGAGCUUGGUGACGAGCUCGGAGGGCACUAUGGUGUUGAACGCUGAGCUGUAGUCGAUUAAACAGCAUCAAUGUUAUACAGUGUUAUGGAUUCAACAUUAUUCAUGUUCUUCAUGUUUUCUUAGCAAUUCUUACCAUUAAAAUCAACUCGUAUGUACAACUUGUCCUUUACAACAUGGCCGCCGUCUUCUGUUCUUCCUUCCACAGGUGCUCUAUUAGGAGGUGAACUGAACAACUCCAACGGAGGAUGCCCGAGCCCAGUUCGUAAGUGACGUCUACUUCUGCUAAAAUGCCUAGUUGUGUUUGAGUAGUUUUUACUUAGCAAAUAAGAUGAUACCGUAUACACAGUGAACUGCGUCUCUCUGUUGUAGCUGUGAAAAUAGAUUAUUAGCUUGUUAGUUUUUACCCAACAUGGCUUUCCUUGAUGUGAUGGGAGUUGUGGGUUAUAGUAAAGCAUAAAAGGUGUAUGGAUUACACUUUGGGACAGACUCCACUGUUUGAUGACAGAGAAAAAGAUGUCAGGAUAGCUGGUGGAUGGCAACAGCCACACACACUGACACUGGCACUUAUGUACUCAAACACACACACAUACACACACACCUGUUGGCCAGCGACAGCUGAGGGUCACAGGAAAGCCACUUGUAAAUAGCCCAGGGGGUUGAUGGGAAAGAGAACGAGAGAGAAUGAAAGACUGAGGGAAAAUGGGAGAAAGAGAGGUAGAGCGAGACAUGAAUGACAUGAACACUCUGGCCUAACAUCUCCACCGUCUCCUCACCCCCCUUUAUCUGUCUCCCCUGAAACCGCUUUCUCCCUCUCGCUCUCUCUCUCUCUCUCUGUCCUUCUCUCCCUCUAUCGCAGCUGUUCCCGCAUGUCCCCCCCCCCCCCCCCCUUUCCACACACACACUCCAAUCCCCCCUGGUUCAAACUGUACCUUGUCUUGGCAGAGCCAUCUCCUCAGAGGUGACUUUGACACUGGCCAGAGCCUCACUUCUAAUCUAAUUCCUCUCAGCAUACAGUCAUAGGUAGAUGACAAUAUUAUCAGAUAUUGUGCUACAACAUCUUCCCCAAAGCUGAAUGGCUGUAUUAUUGUAUUGAUAAGAAUAUGCUUUUCUAUUUGUGACUAAGGCACUAAGCACCAAAUCUUAGCUUAUAUUUUGUGAACAUAGGUUCGGCUUUCACAUGGAUAUCAAUGAAAGACUCGUACGACAAUGAGUUACACACUCAUAUCUCAAGUUUCAGAAUCAGACCCAAGUCACAAAGUCAUGGAACAGGGAACACAGUAAUCACAAUGCCUUUCUCUCUCUAAAGUGGGGUUGUCUCAGUAACCCUCCAGUGCAGUAAACAGAGCGGUGGUCCCAAGACACAGCUCAAGUGACUCACCCUGCUAGCCCGCUGUCUCUCUCUCUCUUCCCCCUCCUCCCUCGUUCUCUCCCUCCACAUCCCGUCCUCCUCCCUCUCGCUCUGUCGUUCUCAGCUGUUGAACACAGGCCCAGGCUCUGGGCUCAGGGAAUGUCACCAUUGACGUCACCCGGCAUUCCUGAGAUUCCCACGCCCGACACUGGGUAAUAGGAGUAGAGCCUGGGAGAGAGAGCACACACACACAAAUAGGCUGGCACACACACACACACACACACACACACAGAGGUACAUACACACACACAGGUAUACACUAAAACACAUAUGUUGAUACAUACAUACAACACAUAAAUACUUAGAAACAUACAUGAGCAUGUUCUUACACAAACACAUGCAUGGAUAAACAUUCACAUAGACACAUAAUGAGUGUGAAUUCUUACACACUAGAGCCCUGUUGUUCAAAGAGCCCAGGGCAAGGGGCCAACAACAGACAAACACACGUUCUUUCUCCUCCUCCUUCUCCCUCUGUUGCUGGGGUAGAUGAGUGAGUGUCCAGUUUCUUAGAGGAAGGAUUGAGUGAGUGUCUGUGUCUGCUAGGUCGGGUACAACACAAAAAGCCACCAUCGCCCUGUUCCACUUUACCCUUGGUUGCGGCUCACACACUAUUCCCAUCCCAAAACACCUCAAUACAAAGUAACCUUCACUGGCUGCCCAGAGUUCUCUAUCCAGUUGUGAAUGGCGUGAGCGAACUUAUGAUAACUGUUAUGCAUUGGGUUUAUGUUUGAUGGAAGUAGUGUGUUAUUGGUACUGCUGACACAAAUGAGUCUGGAACAAACAACAUCAUUCUGUCCUUGUCAUCCGUCAGUGUGUACGUUUGUGUGUGUGUGUGUGUGUGUGUGUGGUUUGUACGUGUGUGUCUGAACUGAAGUAUGUGUGAGUGAGAUGAAACGAUGUCACAUGCUGGUAGCAUCUGGGACACGUCAUGGAGCAACUUUUAUCUGCUGUCGCAGAACACUGCCCAGCUCUAGGGAGUGUGUGUGCAUGCGUAGUUGUGUGACUGACAGUGUGUCUGCCCACAGUAUGUGUGCGUGUCACUUUGUGUAUCUCUCUCUCGCUCUCUCUCUCUCGUCUCGCUCUUUCUUGCUCUCUCUCUCUCUCUCUUGCUCUCUCUCUCUCUGACUCUCUCUCUCUCGCUCUCACUCGCUCUCUCUCUCGCUCUCUCUCCUCUCUCUCUCGUCUCUCUCUCUCUCUCUCUCUCUCCUUGCUCUCUCUUGCUCUCUCCUCUCUCAUCUCUCUCUCUCUCUCUCUCUCUCUCUUCUCUCUCUCUCUCUCUCUCUCUCUCUCUCUGCUCUCCUUCUCUCUCUGUCUCUCUCGCUCUCGCUCUCUCUCUCUCUCUCUCGCUCUCUCUCGCUCUCUGUAUGUGUCUACUGUCUGUGUUUGCCUGGUUGUGUGCCUGACAGUGCUGGGAAAGUCCCCCGCUCCCCCAUCCACACAGUGAGCCUGUCUUUCUUUGAGUCAACUGCUCCUUUUAACCCAGUAAGGGGAAGUCAGCCUGACGGUCUGUCCCAUGGCAAGAAGGAAUGCUGUUGUCUGAGUAGCUUGAUGCUGUCCCAGAUUAACACUGCUCACCAUUGAGCCGUUCGAUGGAAAAAGAUGGACCUUCUGAGAUAAACAUUUGAAACCAAAACGACACGUACGCUGUUUGAUUUGUAAACAAUUAAAAUAUGAGAGGUAUGUAUUUAUUAUUGUGUCUUAUGACUCAACUCAACACAUUUUAGGAGGGAUGUCUACAGUAAUAACAACGUUUUGUUCCUCUUAGGGGUGUGUCACAUGACGUGACCUGAAGUGGACUGUCUGAGUGUUGACAUAGGGAUGACGUAGGGUUGACAUAGGAGUGACAUUACUCCUGUAGUGAAAAGAUAUGAGGUUUUGUCAAUAGUGUUAGUGUAAUGUGUGAAAGGGUCAAACGAGUAAUGUUUACAGAUUCAUACUAUUAUUCACAGUGUUACAUUUGUCCUACAGUAAGGGAGAGGCAUACACACACCACACAACCACUCCAUCCAUUCCUUAACACAAUAUUAAUAUCUCCUCUCCGUCUCCCUCUCAACCAGCGAACGGCUACAUCAGUGCCAGGGCCUCCCCCGGCCUCCUCUCCGUCUCCAACGGCAACAGCCUGGGGAAAGUAGUCCCGGCCAAGUCUCCACCUCCGCCCAGCCCUCAGAUGGUGAACAGCCGCAAGCCUGAUCUCCGGGUCAUCACCUCCCAGAGUGGCAAGAACCUGAUGCAGCUGGUGAGCCACAGAGAGAUCCACUAUGGGAGCCCUACUGGCCCAAACUGAGUCUGUUGUUUUCUCACGUUGAUAAAUACUUUAUUGGUGUCCCGCCAGUCACAAAACAAUGGGGUGCUGAAUCUUUAUGAAUCUCUGUUCCUUCUGAGAUAAACAUUUAAUACCAAAACGAAGUGAACGCUGUUUGAUUUGUAAACGGUUGAAAUAUGAGAGGUAUGUAUUUAUUAUUGUGUCUUAUGACUCAACUCAACCCAUUUUAGGAGGUUGUCUAGAGUAAUAACAACAUUUUGUUCCUCAGAGUGGUGUCCCUCGGAAGUUCACAUAUUUUUCUACAAAACGGAUGCUGAGUCAUUGUUAUUAGUUUAUAAAGUAAUUAAUAGGACAGCAAUUAUAGUAAGAUUAAAUUAAAACGUUGAUUUUGGCACCACUCAAACUUGAGUGUGGCUUUAGACUGUGCUAAGGAAGGAUCACGUUAUAAUUACCAUUCUAAAUGUGAUAUUUUCGUGAGUGCAUGAUAAAGUAGCCCCCCAGACGCUGAUCUGAGUUCAGUUUUGCAUUUCCCCUUAAUGAGCCCAAUGGUUAAGGUUAGGAUAGGGGGCGGAUCCUAGAUCAGCGGGUUAGUACAAAGCUGUAACCCGUGUUCUCUAUCCUACUGCCCCCUGCAGACCGAUGAGGAGCUGGAGUUGGUGAGUGAGGUGAAUAGAAACUCCUCCUAGACUUGACUGUGGUUGCUGUGUCAACACUGUGGUCUCACAGGCAUGAGUGUCCUACUGAUAUACUGUCAUACUGGUAUAUUAGUAGAUCAUUAGUAUACAGUACUUACAGUGCAGUAUCAGUCGAAUAGUAGCACAGUACAAUGUAUGUUUUAGCAUAGUGUGUAGCCAUUUAUACAUACUAUGUGUGGUAAAUCCAAAAUGGACUAAAAGCUCUCUCAGUGAAUGCAUUGUAUGUAUCUUGGCAUGUGCAUGGGUCAACUCCAUGUGUGUAUAAUCCAUGUCGGGUAGAGCAGGAGGAGGUCAUAGUGUAUAGGCUACAGUACUCUCUGGAGUGUGUGUGUCCAUUGACUAGGACAAACGGUUACAAGGUGACACCUAUGGCACAAUGACCUCCACCCCUGGAGCGUCUGUGCCCCGACUCACACACGUAUCACCACACACCAACACACACACACACUUAUCACCACACACCAACACACACACACACACAAACACAAUCCCUUUAUUGCUCUCUCUGGUUGUUCUGCCCGAUGCAUGCCUCUCAUUCAAUCCGCAUGACUCUCCACUGAGUGGAACACUUCCUAACACCUCCACCAACUAUACUUUCAUGUGGCUGUGGUGAUGGUGUUGCCUUGCCAACGCUAUUGAGAUGGAUUCCUUGAAUGUUGAUGUUUCCGUGUCAUAUAAAAGUCAAUAACCAUACAGGUCAGGAUGUUCCACCUUUGUUUGCAUUUGAUUCUGUUCGUGAAUGUCAUGGUACUGCGUGGGCACAAACAUUAUGGGGUGAAAUAAGUCUUUACUUCCUGCGUCCUGAUGUUCAAGCAUCUUUCCUGUGUCCUCUGUCUUCCCAGAAUGCUCAGCGGUUAGGCGGUUCUCAAGGGAACCUGUCCACGCCAGUGGUUUCCGUGGCGACGCCCAGUCUCCUAGCCCCCUUCUCCGCCAUGCAGACGGCCUACAACACUGGUGAGUAAAGGAGGACAAGGGUACUCGCUGCUCACGGGCAAAGCUUGCAGAAUAUGGGAAUUGGGCACACACUGUAUGUCUGUAGUGUGUCUUAAAGCAAGUGUAUUAGGACCAGUGGAUGACAGAAACACAAGGGUAAAUACUUUUGAUUAGUUUAUUCAGUUAUUCUCUUUUUGUCAGUGUGCUCUGUAAUUCCCCAAAUUGGCAAAGGCAGAAAGGAGCACAAUUUACCACUGUAAGUGAAUCCUAUGCAUAUUCACUUUAUAGAUGGUGAGUAGGGCUAGAGGGAGCUAUAGCGAAAGAAAAGAGAGAAGAAGAGCGAAGAGAGAACAGAGAGAGAAGAGAUAAAAAAACUCACCUAUCUCCCCUCCCUCCUCCCUCCAUCUCAGAGUACCAGCUGACAAGUGCAGAUCUCACAGCGCUCCAGACAUUCACGCCAUCAGGGCUGCUGCCUAGCAACAUGUCCACCUGGCAACAGCAACCAGCAGUAUCCCAGCAGCAACAGCAGCAACAACAACAACAACAGCAACAACAACAACAACAACAACAACAGAUCAGCUUGGCGUCACUCAGUAACUUGGUGUAAGUACACUUCCCCAGUCACCCUAUUGUAUAAGUGUAGCUAGCUGCACCCUAAACCAGUGGUAUUCAAAGUCGGGGUCGCGACCCCUAAUGGGCUCACAGGGGAACUGCAGUGGGUUCGCCCCCCAAAAAUAAUAAUAAUUAUGAGUACAGAUUUAUUGUAUGGAACAAUAUACAAAAACAAUUAUUGAGUAAAUGUAUUAAAUGCUUUCAUUUUGAUAAGAGAUGAAAAUGCAAUUCAUUGAAGGUUGUGGCAUUAGAUUUUUUUUCUGGGGUCCCCGGAAAUUUUUGCUGAAAAAAUCGUGUCCCCGCUGAAAAAGUUUGGAUACCACUGCCCUAAACCAAUAUCUGCGUUGCUCUCAAUUCAUGAGAUUCAGUUAAAAGGAAGUUAACCCAAAACUUUCCCCAAACUAUGUGACCAAUCAUCUAGUAGUAACUCCUCACCCAUGCCAUACAGACUACCCCUCUGUACUUACCUGUUCUAUAGGCCAUAGCCCUUAAACACACAUGCACUUACUGUAUGCACACAAUUUCAUCAGCAAGUCUGACUCACUAAAGCCGUGCCUCAUUGGCAUUUGACAUGAAAUGAAGCAUCUUUCCUCGAGAGCAGCGAAGCAUGGUUGCUAGCUACAAUAAAGGCCCAAACUGUGAACACCUCAGACCGUCACUGGCAUCCACUAGCUAUAGUAUAGUAUGCAUCAGAGGAGGCUGGUGGGAGUAGCUAUAGGAGGAUGGGCUCAUUGUAAUGGCUGGAAUGGAAUAUAUGGAACGGUAUCAAACAUAUGGAAACCACAUGUUUGACUCAGUUCCAUUGAUUCCAUUCUAGCCAUUACGAUGAGCCCGUCCUCCUAUAGCUCCUCCCACCAGCCUCCUCUGGUAUGCAUGUACCUCCACCUUGAGUUUGAGUAUGUCUGAGAGGCUGACCUAAAUAACUCCCUCUCCAUUAACAUCUCCCCACGUGGAUCUGAGAGCGCUUUAGGUUUAGGUGUGCGUUGACCACCUGCUGUAGGCUAAUGCUAGCUAGCGAUCCUCAUUAGCCAUCAGCUUUGUCUCGUUACUAGCAUUGUUAGAGCUAAAUGCAGGUUUCUGUGAUUGCGGCGGCUAGGCUAGCUGUGGGAUAGCUGUAUGUAACCGCCUGUUUGUUCUCCCCCUCUUGUCCACAGCAUGUGGGGUGCAGAGAAACAGAAUGGGGAGAUGGCUAACUGCAUCUCCAAUUUCGCUGCUAACCUGAGGUGAACGAAUUAGCAUCUAGCUCUACAUGUGUGGUUAUCGUCAUGCUUUUACUGUUGUCGUAUCAAAUUAAGUUUGUGCGGCUCUCAGGUUGGGCUCAAUUCAAAAUAACAUAAUGAAGGUAUAACAGUUCAAUUAGAUUUCAUGUAAUUUACACUGGAAUUGUUCUUGACCAACAUUUGUUUCUUGCUUAUUUAUUUGGUCUUUGAUGUGGUGGAAAUUGGAUGUAGAAGUUGUGUCUUUCCUCCUCCUUUUAUAUCUUGUUUCUGAGGCUUUGAGUCUUGUGACCGAAGAGAGAAAUAUACAGGAAUAUGGCAGCCGCCCCGCGCUGUGUGUGUCAGUCUCACAGGACAGCACUGACUCACACACACACACACACACACACACACACACACACACACACACACACACAAACACACACCAAGAAUAAGUAAUGUAGUCCUCCUUUUUCGUCUUCACAGUCAUAAACUCAGAGCAGAUGGAUGGCCUGACAGUAAGGUCAAUAGUCAGAUUUCACCCAUCCAUACUUCAUAAAGAUCAGUGAAACUGCUGCUUCCAAGUAAGGCACUUGAACAAACCGUUCUCAUUUUACCCUGAAGAGCACAUUCCUCCCACGAUUUGUUCUCUCACACAAGCGUUUGAUUACAUAGGCCAUACGUACAGUCCCACUCUUUUGUUUUUUAUUCCCUUGCACGGUAGUUCGCAGUGAGCAGACACUUCCAAUCAAAGGUGAUUGACAGUUUUUCGCCGCGAGCCUCGCGUUCCCUGUCAGCCCUGGUUACUCACCGUGGGAAGCGAGGGGGGAAAUGAUUUCUGCCGUUUUUUUUCUCCCCUUCCUUCUCUUGCACUGAGUGGCCAAUCAUUCCAGAGCCUCCUGUAAAGACUCACUGCAACUAGCAUGCACCUGUUGACUAGCACACCAAUCUAAAUGUUAAUGCUGUGUCAAGGGCGUCCCGCUAGCCUUCCCACGUUGACUUGUUUACUUGUUUUUUUGAAUCAUUUUCCACACGUCAAUUCAGCCUUGCAGGAUGUGUUGGUCUCUGUGUUUGAGGAACCCAGAUGAUGCAUUCAGGCGAGAAAGGGUCUGAGUUGAGGAGUUUUAAGGGGUUUUGGAGAAAUGGUUCCUGUUUAGGGAUCAUGUCUGUCUGUCAGUGUGUCCUUGCAUUAAGGAACAUGUCCUUUUGCAUGGGAGAAAUGGUGCACACACACACAACUCGCUACCUCAGUAUGUUUUUACAGGUGGCAGUUGCUGCCAUUACCUUGCUAUCUGUCUAUCACUCUUAACUUACUCUCUGUCUGUCUGUCUCUUCCUUUCAAUCUCUCUCUCUCUCUCUGUCUCUCUCUCUCUCUGUCUGUCUGUCUGUCUGUCUGUCUGUCUGUCUGUCUCUCUCUCUCUCUCUGUCUCUCUCUCUGUCUGUCUCUCUCUCUCUCUGUCUCUCUCUCUCUCUCUCUCUCUCUCUCUCUCUCUCUCUCUCUCUCUCUCUCUCUCUCUCUCUCUCUCUCUCUCUGUCUCUCUCUCUCUCCCUCUCUAUACCUCUCUAUACAUCUCGCUCUCUGUCUCCAGCUGUUUUGUUCAGGGAAAGGCUUACCUUUAUGUCUCUACCUUACACACAUUUUACAAUGUACACAGUAAUGAAUAGUUUUUUGUGUACACACUGCUGAUUUGUUUGCUGUGCUCAUAAUAUCCUAUUUAGUUCAGAGAAAGCUCCUUUCUCCUCAUGGAAUAGUUGUGUGUUUGCACAGACGACAGGGUAGGGAAUCAUUGUGUCAACACAUCCACUCCAGCUUGAUUACACUACAUUGCAGGAAAGGGAAAUAAAUAAAAAAUAAAAAAAAUAUUUAGAGAUUGAUGACUUGGUCACUAAAUUCCAAAUGAUGAGAGUCUAUAAUUACAUUUGAUUUAGUAAAUGAAUACCCAAUGUUUGACUAAGUUUGAAUGUAAAAUGAUUUAGUCACUUUUAUAAUAAGUAUUUUUUAUUUUCUAUCUCUGUUUUUUGGCUGUCUGUUAUGUACAUCAAUGGAGAGCAGGUUUCUGAUUCACCCUCCCUGUGUUAGUUUCUCAAACAUGUCUUCUUUACCCUCCCUUUACAGCAUGGCCUCUCAAUCAAACUUGCUAUUUGGCAGGGAAGAGGGUCUCUGCUGGUACUGUAUAUCUCCUCAGUCAGAGGAGGCUGGUGGGAUGAGCUAUAGGAGGAUGGGCUCAUUGUAAUGGCUGGAAUGGAAUGAAUGGAACUGAGUCAAAUAUGUGGUUUCCAUAUGAAGUGUUUGAAACUGUUCCAUUAAUUCCAUUCCAGCCGUUACAAUGAGCCUAUCUUCCCAUAGCUCCUCCCACCAGCCUCCUCUAUUCUCAGUGUAUAACUAGCCACACAGCAUGGCACUGUUUCCCAAACCUGGUCUUUGAGGACCCCCAUGCAUGCUGGUUUUCAAUUAAAACCAGAUCCAAUAAUUAUUCGACAGAGGCUUCAUAUGGAGCUGCUGGUAGUAGUCAUCCUUGAAACUCACUAUCAACUCAGUUUAAGCUAAUUUAUUGAGAGGUUGGUUUAAAGUGAAAACUGUGCACACAAUGGUCCUUCUGGACCAGGUUUUGGGAAACGGCGCUAUACUGUACUGUACUGUAACCGUGUGCUUCUGGCUGAUCUAGCUGUGUUAGCGCUCUGAGCUAGCCUGAAGAGCGAGCCUUCAUCACUGUCACCCGGCCUGCUGACUCUGACCCGUUUUAUUCUCCAUAGCAACAGGACCCCUGUGGCACUAUAAUCCAUCUACCUGUACAAGUCCAUAAUGCCGGGCUUACACUUGAUAAAUUGGCACAGAGAAAGGCAGAGUAACUCUGUCAAGGGAUUAGGGAGUGUGAGUGUGCACAUGAGCGAAGGUAUGUGUGUGUGUUGUAGGGUAAAGACGCACAUUCUUGCAUCUUCUUUUACUUUUUUCUGUUUCUGAGGAAUUGAGAGAAUAUACAAGAAUAUGAAUGGGUCAUUGUGCCUUAUAAUUGCAUUAGCUUAAAGGUCCAGUGCAGUCAAAACCAUGAUUUUCCUGUGUUUUAUAUACAGUGAGCGACAAAAGUAUUGGGACAGUGACAUUUUGUGUUGUUUUGGCUCUUUCCUCCAGCAUUUUGAUUAGAAAUUAUACAAUGACUAUAGGGGUAAAAUGCAGACUGUCAGCUUUAAUUUGAGGUUAUUUCCAUCCAUAUCGGGUGAACCGUUUAGAAAUUACAGCACUUUUUGAACACAGUCCCCCCAUUUUAGGGGACCAAAAGCAUUGGGACAAAUUCACUUAUGUGUAUUAAAGUAGUAAAAAGUUUAGUAUUUGGUCCCAUAUUCCUUGCAUGCAAUGAUUACGUCAAGCUUGUGACUCUACAAACUUGUUGGAUGCAUUUGAUAUUUGUUUUGGUUGUGUUUCAGAUUAUUCUGUGCCCAGUAGAAAUGAAUGGUAAAUAAUGUAUUGUGUCAUUUUGGAGUCACUUUUAUUGUAAAUAACAAUAUAAUAUGUUUCUAAACACUUCUACAUUAAUGUGGAUGCUACCAUGAUUAUGGAUCAUCUUGAAUGAAUCGUGAAUAACGAUGACUGAGAAAGUUACAGACGCACAAAUAUCAUACUCCCCCAAAAAUGCUAACCCUUGUUAUUGUAAUGAUGAGAGGUUAGCAUGUCUUGAGGAUAUGAUAUUUGUGCGUCUGUAACUUUCUCACUCAUCAUUAUUCAAGAUUCAUUCAGGACUAUCCGUAAUCAUGGUAGCAUCCACAUUAAUGUAGGCGUUUAGAAAUAUAUUCUAUUCUUAUUUGUCUCAAUACUUUCGGUCCCCUAAAAUGAGGGGACUAGGUACAAAAAGUGCUGUAAUUUCUAAACGGUUCACCCAAUAUGGAUGAAAAUACCCUCAAAUUAAAGCUUGACAGUCUGUACUUUAACCUCAUAGUAUCAUUUCAAAUCCAAAGUGCUGGAGUACAGAGCCAAAACAACAAAACAUUUGUCACUGUCCGAAUACGUUUGGAGGGUUGGAAUAAUACUGUGAAAUUGUGAGAAUUAUGAUAAUUGUAAGAGCUGUUUAAAAGAAGAAAAAUAAAGAAAAAAAGUUCCAGACCUCUCUGCAAAUAACAGAUAGUUUUCAGUUUUCCCCUCCACACUCUUGAGACAUUUCUCUUUGCUAAGAAGCUAUUUUUGUUUGUUUUCAAUUAAAAUAGUCAAAAAGAAUCACAAUAAGGUACUUAAUAAUUGUUACCCAGAAAGGAUUUGAUAUCGAGAUAAAAACGGCUACAUUGGACCUUUUAAGGGUGACCUGAUUUUAAGGGUGAAGUGAUUCAAGUGAGUAGGUUUUUCCAAUCGAGGGUGGUGGUGCUGUGGGCUGUGUGCAUUUACCCAUUGGUGUUUAGUUGUAGAUGUCUGGGUACAAUUGCAUGACUUACUACAUGCAAAAGAUAAAAGUGACUGUGGACACAUGACGCAAGGUAUGGGAGUGGUCUUUCGGAAUCCAGAGUCAGUCUGCAUGGCUUGUGGACCGUGCGCUUCCGUGUGGCCUUUUCAUCCAGUCUGUUUGCGUCUCUGUUCGUGUGUCUAACCUCAGUCCAUCAUCCGUACCUCCCUUCAGGAUAGUCUCUUGUAGAAUCUACAUCAUGACGCAGUGUUCCCUAAAACAUUAGCAGUGAAACAUUACCUGUCGUUAGCAAUUAGCCAAAAGAUGAGCUGUCAGCCCAGAGUGUGUGUGAACAGUAGGGUGGAACACAUAGAGCACUGCACAUAGAAAUGAAGACCUACACCGUUCAUAGAAAGGACACUUAUCUACCACUCCCAUAAACAAUUAUAUCCUUUCUAUCUGCAACGUUCUGAUUGUUUUGCCCCUACUCAAUUUGCUGACACAUUUGUCAUCUAGGAUACUCCCUCCCCCCUCCACCUAGUGUGUGGAGGUGUUGACUCUAUGUUCCAUCAGCGCUUACUGCACUGUGUGCUGGUUUGCAGGUCCCUGUCUGGGCUCCUGUGUUUAAAGUAAUGUUCAUGGUGAUGUUGAUAUGCGUGUUCAUAAGGAGUGUUGCAGUUACCCUGGCUGACCAGCAGAUGUCAGCACAUGUCUCACCAUUUCUCUCUCUCCUCUCUCUCUCGCUCUCUCUCUCUUUUCUCUGUCCCUCCAGGCCGGUGGGCCACUUACCUCAGGGCACCAUGCUGACCAUCAACACCAACCCAAACCCCAACAUCAGCAUCAAGUCAGAGCCCGUGUCGCCCAACCGUGACCGCAGCACCCCAUGCUCCACAGCCGGGGGUGGCGGAGGAGGGGGCCUAGUGACCAUCACAGGGGCCCCUAUGUCAGGCCAGUACCCAGGGGCCCUGCGCCUGGAGCCGUCCACCAUGCAGGGCCGCUCGCCCGUCGGCAGCCUGAGCAGCAACGGCAGCUCCUACGAGGGGGACCGGGACGAUGGGGCCCAGGGGCGGGCCCAGGACUUCCACCACCAGGGAGGGGCCUCCUCGGCCAUGGGGCUGCUGAGGCCCUCGUCCACGCAGGAGCAGCAGGAGCAGGAGGGGGCCAACGUGAAGAGAAUGAGACUGGACACCUGGGUCACAUAG